UUAGGGUUCUUCCAAAACCCUAAACCCAAACUAGUACCAAUUGAACCCAAUUUCCUCUACAAAGCUCGUGAUUCUCGUUGAUAUUCAAUUCAAUGGCGGGACUGGAAGAGUGCGAGGCGAAUUUGAUAGUUUACCUUCACCCCUCCAAGGAAAAUUGCGCUAGAGACGCCAUUCUCAGUGAGCUUAGCACUCUGCUAUUCACGUAUAAUGAGACUGUUGGUGGAGUGGUAUUGGCAUAUGAUCCGAGCAUUCUUUCUAAUUUGGCAAAAAUUGUGCCCGGAACUUUUCCAUGUUUUGGCGUGCAAUUAAAGGCUAAGCUGUUGCUUUUCAAUCCGAAGCCCGACAUGGUUUUAGAGGGGGAGGUGGUUAAACUCACUCCUAAUUCGAUUCAUGCUGUGGUUCUUGGUUUCUCUUCUGCUGUAAUAGCAGAUGACGAUAUUCGUGAUGAAUUCAAGUAUAAAAUUAAAGGCGGAGAAGAAGUGUAUGUUAGUCGAACACACAGGAAACAUAAGAUAAAAGUUGGGACCAUUGUACGUUUUUCCAUGAAGAGCUUUGAUGAAGAGAUACUUCACAUAUCAGGGUCUUUGCUUGCUCCCCAUAUAGGAGGUGUUCGAUGGUUGGAUAAAAACUUAGAAGAAUGGUCUCGAGCUGACAGUACUGCUACAAAGAGGAACACCGGCGAUAGGAAAUUAGAGAAUUAUACAUUGACGACCUAUGAAACAUCUGUGAAAUCUGAUGAGCAGAUUGAGAAAUCAAAGAAAAAAAGAAGACAACAUACUUGAAGUUUAAUGGAAAGACAGACAUGCAUGAUUCAAAUACUUAGAUACGCUUUGAUGAGAGAAAAGCAUCCCAAUGGACGUCCUUGCCGCCAUAUAAUUUUCUGAAUGAAGACAAGUGAUCAUCAUACCGGGUUUGAUCAUCAUCGUCUAUCCUUGGGUCCAAUGUAGAUUCUUUCAUCUUUCCAUAAGUAUUAGACCUUUGUCAAUCAAUGUCGGCUGUAGCAUUGCUAAGCUACUAAGAUUACGUUUUUGGCAUUGAUGGUGCAUCAUAUAUUAGGUCAAAGGUCUUUUGAUUUUUCAAUUGAUUGUGUAAUUUGUAAUUGCAGUUUUAAGAGAAUCGUGCAAAAUGUAAUACCAUUACUGCUUGUCGUAUACGAAAUCCGAAAUGAAUAUCCACUUUCCUCUGUAA